UUACAAAUAUAAUAAAGGGGAAAAAUUGGAAAAAUUAUUCAGUAAUACGGGAAUAGUCGAGUGCAAAAGGUCUUAGAGACUACAGAACUUAAUAGAAUUUUUUUCAAGUGAAAUAAUUUGAAAUUUAAAACAAUGUCAAGAGUUCCAAUGAUGUUCCGUGACUGGUGGGAUGAAUACGAUUGGGAUUUCGAUUCAUUACGUCGUCCCCGUACAUCAAGAUUGAUUGAUCAACAUUUUGGAACUGCAUUAAGGAAAAAUGAUUUGUUGAGUUCAUUGGCAAAUACACAAAUUUCAAGUGGCUCUCGAACGACGCCAUAUUAUCGUCCAUGGGGCACCAGCUUGACUAAAGCUGAUUCUGGUUCCACAAUUAAUGUUGAAAAGGAUAAAUUCCAAAUUAUUCUUGAUGUUCAACAAUUUACACCUGAAGAAAUUACUGUUAGAACUUCAGACAAGUUUGUCAUCGUUGAGGGUAAGCACGAAGAGAAGCAAGACGAGCACGGCUACGUCUCAAGGCACUUCACACGAAAAUAUCUCCUUCCACCAAAUUACAAACCCGAGACUGUGUCAUCAACACUUUCAUCAGAUGGCAUUUUAACCAUUAAUGCUGCCACACCAGAUGCUCAACCAGUAAAUCAAGAAAGAUCUGUGCCAAUUACUCACGUUGGACCAUCACGUGUUGAAAACUCUCAAUCACAAGAUUCACAACCAAAGAUUGAGCAAGUCAACUGAGUUUAGAAAUGAAUUUGCAUCCAAUUAAUAUUCAUAACUGACAACGAUUUUGCGAACUGUAUUAUUUUUCCAAAAUUUAAAAUUAAUAAAAAGUAAAAUUUCGUUAUACAAUUUUUUAUUUUCACAAGUUUGAAUGGCUUUUCUUUAAUGACAAAAAUACGUCAACGAUGAAACUCAAUAAACACGUUUUCAAAGAA